UUUCUCAAAGCUGUGGGUCGAAAUCGAUGCCUUGAAUGUUGUCAAGGUAUUAUCGACUCAUGGUGUUGCCGGUUUGGCUCCUAUGUUUAGAGUUUAUAAUGAUAUUGUGUUAGAUAGAGCUUAGUUUAAUUAUUGUAUUUUUUCCCAUGCAAAGAGGUGUUGUAACACUUUGGCUCAUCUAGUGGCGAGGGGAGAUACAGAGGGGAACUCAGAGGUUAUCCAUUUAUUUGGUUGAUUAAUAUUAAUGCUCUAUCUUCUCUUCAAAAAAAAAAAAAAAAAAAAAAACUCCCAACCUCCCUUUUUACUUAAUGGGCUUUAAUGUGAGGAGCGUGAUAAGAGUAUAUAACCCGAUCUUGAGCUUUAAUUAUCAGCUUAAACUUUUGACUGAGUUGGUCAUUUAAUAGUUAGCACUUAAAAAAACCCCAAAAGAGGGAGCACCUUCAUAAAUAUCGCCUUUCAAAAGAAAAAUAUCAACUACUCGUUCAGCUUUUAAGAUAAAGUCCGUUGAUCUGCUACUACUACCACACACCACAAACACAAACCCACACACUUCUUCCUUUAAAUAGGUACACUACAAAAGCUAAGGCAUUUCCUAAUUAAUCUCUUCUUCCGUCAAAACACCUUUGUUUGUUUUUUUUUACAACAAUGGAGAACAUUGUACUCUACCCAUCACCUGGCAUUGGCCACUUAAUCUCCAUGGUUGAGCUUGGAAAGCUUCUCUUAUCUCAUUCAUCAUCUAUCUCCUCCAUUACUAUUCUCAUCUUAGAUUUCCCCUUUAUAACUGGUUCAUAUUCCUCUUACAUGUCCUCUGUUUCUUCCUCUUUUCCUUCAAUUAAAUUUCUUUCUCUUCCUUCUGUUCCUCUUGCUCUUGGUGACCCUUUAAAGUACCAGAAUUUAGAGCAUUUGAAAUUCGAAAUCUUUCGUAGUAAUAAUCCUAAUGUGUUAGAAUCUCUCAAUUCACUUUCCCCUGUUUCAGCUUUCAUUCUUGACUUCUUUUGUUACCCUGCUGUUGAAGUUUCUCAAUCUCUGAAAAUACUCACUUACUUUUUCUUCACUUCUAGCGCUUCUUCUCUUACUUUCUUUCUUAACUUCCCGGUAUUCGACAAAAUUACCUCUGCUUCUUUCAAGGAUCUUGACAUUACUCUUGAGAUUCCAGGUUUGUACUCUGUUCCAGCUAACUGUAUGAUUCAGCCAAUGCUUGAUCGUGGCGGAAGUUAUCGUGAAUUUGUUAAAUUAGCUGAAACAUUGCCUAAAGCUGAUGGAAUUAUCAUCAAUACUUUUGAGUCAUUGGAGGUUAAUGCUGUUAAGGCCUUAAAACAGGGGACUUGUCUUCUUGGUACCUCAGUUCCACCUGUUUAUUGUAUUGGGCCUUUGAUCGCUAACCGUGGCGACGGUGCGAAAAAUAAUGGUGAACCAAGGCAUGAGUGUCUAAAAUGGCUGGACUCACAACCUAGUCAAAGUGUGGUUUACUUGAGUUUUGGAAGUAGGGGUGUAUUUUCUAAGGAGCAAUUGUGGGAGAUGGCUUUUGGAUUGGAGAGGAGUGGAGUUAGGUUUUUGUGGGUUGUUCGGGCCCCACGUCGCGAGGAAAAAGGUGAUGCAUUCUUUAAGCCACCCGAGCCGGAUUUGGACUCGUUCCUACCAGAAGGGUUUAUGGAGAGGACUAAGGAAAAGGGUUAUGUGGUCAAGUCAUGGGCACCACAAAUUGACGUGUUGGGUCAUGAAUCAAUAGCCGGGUUUGUGAGUCAUUGUGGAUGGAACUCGACUUUAGAGGCUAUUGAUGCUGGAGUUCCUAUAGUGGCGUGGCCACUCUAUGCUGAGCAAAGGUUUAAUAGGAUAGUUCUCGUGGAUGAAAUAGGGAUUGCGUUACCAAUGAACGAGUCUAAAGACCUGUUUGUAAGCUCGAGUGAGAUUGAGAAGCGAGUCAAGCAAAUUGUGAACUCUGAAGAAAGGGAUGUUAUAAAAAAACGAGUGUUGGAUUUAAAAGACAAGGCUAGGGAUGUACUCAAAGGAGGAUCCUCUAAUGUAGCACUGACUACAUUAAUGGAAUCAUGGAAACGAUGAAGAAAGGUCAAUGUUCCAGUAAUGUGUGAUGUAUGAUAACAUUGCACAACGGAGCUUGAUAAACUGUAAUCUACGUUCUAUUUGUCAUGCUUAGGCUUUGUUGAACUUGCGUGUGAUCUUAACGUGAUCAAACCAUUUGUUUUGUUUUAUUAGCAGUUGUUAAGGGUCUUGAUGAGUGUUCCUUUUCUUUGUGCAACAUUUCAAGCUAUCUAGCUAAUUAUCGUGGUGUUGGUUAAAUAAUAAUGUUUUCAUAUUUUC